UCUUUUCGUCCGGAAAAGCGUGAUUUACAAAAUUACACAUCGCCAAUUCAAUUCCAAUUCUAUACCCAAUUCACAAACCCUCUCUGUCCAGACAUAUACUCAAUGUAUAUACAUCCACCUUAAAUCCUACUUUAAUUGCGGUACAGAUCCUUAUACUGGUGCUCGAUCCACGUCUGGCACCUAUUAGAUGAGCUAGGCACAUACUCAAGUAUAUAUAUGCCGAGAUUCUAAGCGUAAGCAGAGAAUUGAGCAUUAAAUUUUAUUGCCCUAAUGGCGCAGUCGGUGGAUUUUUUCAGUGAGUAUGGCGAGGGGAGUCGGUAUGUAGUGCAGGAAAUGGUGGGAAAAGGAAGCUACGGCGUUGUUUGUUCUGCAGUCGAUACGUCGACGGGGCAGAAAGUGGCGAUCAAAAAAAUGACUAAUGUUUUUGAGCAUGUAUCCGAUGCGACAAGAAUUUUGAGAGAAAUUAAACUGCUGAGGCUCUUGCGCCAUCCUGAUAUUGUAGAAAUCAAGCACAUAAUGCUUCCCCCAUGCAGCCGCAAGUUCAAGGAUGUUUAUGUUGUUUUUGAGUUGAUGGAGUCCGAUCUGCAUCAGGUUAUUAAAGCAAACAGAGACUUGACGCCUCGGCAUUAUCAGUUUUUUUUGUAUCAGCUUCUCCGGGCCAUGAAGUAUCUUCAUACAGCCAAUGUCUUUCAUCGAGAUCUCAAGCCUAAGAAUGUAUUAGCCAAUGCAGAUUGCAAUCUUAAGAUCUGUGAUUUUGGUCUUGCUAGGGUUGCCUUCAAUGAUACCUCGACUUCAGUUUUCUGGACGGAUUAUGUAGCCACGAGAUGGUAUCGAGCUCCAGAACUUUGUGGUUCCUUUUUCUCAAAGUACACUCCUGCUGUUGACAUAUGGAGCGUUGGAUGCAUCUUUGCAGAAGUGCUGAUGGGACGACCUCUUUUUCCUGGGAAAAAUGUGGUUCACCAAUUAGAUCUGAUUACAGAUAUUCUUGGAACACCGCCUACUGAUGCCAUAUCUAGGAUACGGAAUGAUAAAGCCAGAAAAUAUCUAGCUUCCAUGAGGAAGAAAUCUGCAAUUUCUUUUGCACAGAAAUUCCCAAAGGCAGAUCCUUUGGCCCUUAGGCUUUUGGGUAGAUUGCUUGCUUUUGAUCCAAAGGACCGUCCUUCUGCCGAACAAGCUUUGGCCGAUCCAUACUUUAUAGGUCUGGCCAGAAAAGAACGGGAACCUUCAGCGCAGCCCAUUAUAAAGUUGGAAUUUGAGUUUGAGAAGCGACGAAUGUCAAAAGAGGAUGUAAGAGAUCUAAUUUAUAAGGAGAUUCUAGAGUAUCAUCCUCAAAUGCAAAAGGAUCACUUGCUUGGGACAGACAAUGUACACUAUGUGUAUCCAAGUUCUAUGGGUCUAUUCAAGAAACAAUUUAACCAUCUUGAAGAGCAUUAUGACAAAGGAUAUCCUUGCGAGCCUUUAGAAAGAGAGCAUUCCUCUUUACCCAGGGAACGGCCAUCAGAAAUGAGGGCAGCGGUGAGUUGCUAUGAAAGAGAAAAACAAGAAAGAGGUCUAAAUAAUGUCAUGAAGAUGACUGCAAAGGCACACACAGUCUUGCAAGGAGGACAUGCAAAACCUGGCAGAGUAUUCGGUUCAGGCUUGGAAAGGCCUAGUGGGAGCAAAACAGAUACCCAUUUACAGAGACUAGUCAAGAGCUCUAAUGUGAGUGGCUCUUUGCAUGACAAAUCUGGACAACUCUAUCCUAGGCAAUCCCUAUGUGUGGAUUUAGAGAAAAAUGUAAGGAAGGAGGAAUCUUCAAGUGAGAAGAUUAAUGCCAAUUUUCCCAGGCCCAGAAUGAAUGAGCAUGUCCUCCCACAUAAGGAGGAACUUUCUAUUGAUAACACCAAUACCAUUCGUCCAAGUUCCAGCAUGAACUGGCAUUUGUUACAUCAUAGGGAUGAAUCUUCGAGUGAGAACACAAAUCUCAUUCCUUCAAGGUCCAGUAUGAACGGGCACCUGCUUCCUCGUAGAGGGUGUUAGGUGUAUCAUCCAGCACCUUAUCAAUUUUAGGUUUAUUCACUGGCAAACCUAUUCUUCAUAGUAAAUUUUUGGCUUACCUGUAAGGUAGGAGAGAGAACAUCUGUAUGUGUUACAUAGUGAUAUUGAUUUUGUUAUUCUUGUUAAAGUUGGGGUAAUUUUGUUCAACAUAAAUACUCUGAUUGUAAGCAUAUAUAAAGGGUGUGUUAAUAAGUUUUC